AUGAAGUUGGAGGAAAAGCUUGAGCAUAAUGAGAGCCUGGCUGGAAAAAGUCGGCCCUGUCUCCAAGACACGCAUCAGGCAAACGGGAGGAAACGGAUUGCUGAUGGGAAUCCGAGAACAAAUGGGAAAGUGGAGGUCUAUGAAAAGCAGGAGGCUAACGGCAAAGGCGACAGGCUCAGGAAAUGUCUCAACCUGUACACCUGGCAGGAGAUCCAGAGACACAAUCAGGAAACCGACCAGUGGCUGGUGAUCGACCGCAAGGUUUACAAUGUGACUGACUGGGCUGGCAAACAUCCCGGUGGGCAUCGGGUUCUCAACCACUAUGCUGGCCAAGAUGCAACGGAUGCCUUCAGGGCCAUGCACCUGGAUCUGAGCAUUGUACAGCUGUAUCUUAAGCCACUACUCAUUGGAGAACUUUCACCAGAAGAACCCAGCCAGGAGAAAAACAAAAAUCCACAGUUGGUGGAAGAUUUCCGUGAAUUGCGCAAGACAUUAGAGGCCAUGAAUAUGUUCAGUGCCAACCUGUGGUUCUUCUUUCUCCACCUUGCCCAGAUCUUGAUUUUGGAAGUCUUAGCAUGGCUAAUACUAUGUCAUUUUGGCAGUGGCUGGAUUGUUACAAUACUCAUUUCCUUUCUCCUUACAGUUUCUCAGGCUCAAAGUUCAUUUUUACAACAUGACAUAGGACACCUUUCCAUGUUUAAGAAGUCCAAGUGGAACCAUCUGAUGCACAAAUUUGUAAUGUGUCAUCUCAAGGGUCUGUCAGCUGACUGGUGGAAUUAUCGACACUUCCAGCACCAUGUGAAACCAAAUAUCUACCCCAAAGAUCCAGACAUUGAUGUGGGCCCACUUUUUCUGCUUGGAGACACUCAGCCUAUCAAGUAUGGCAAGAAGAAAAUAAAGUACAUUGACUAUGAGAAGCAGCACCUGUACUUCUACAUGGUUGCACUCCCCCUCCUCAUGCCUGUCUACUUUAAUUUUCAAUCUAUGCAAGUGAUGUACCUUCGAAAGUACUGGACGGACAUUGCAUGGGUCAGCAGCUUUUACAUUCGUUAUUUCAUCACAUUUGGCCCUUUCUAUGGAAUUUUCGGAACAGUGUUGCUCAUAUAUUUGGUCAAGUUUAUUGAGAGCCCCUGGAUUGCUUAUGUUACCCAGAUGAGCCACAUACCAAUGAAAAUGAGCAGGGAAGAGAACCACGACUGGCUCAGCACUCAGAUUGUGGCCACCUGCAAUAUUGAACAGUCCUUUUUCAAUGACUGGUUCACUGGACAUUUGAACUUCCAAAUUGAACACCACCUCUUUCCCACAAUGCCACGCCAUAACUACCACAAAGUGGCACCUCUGGUGAAAUCACUGUGCACCAAACACGGAUUGCAGUAUAUAAAUAAGCCCAUAUUGAAGGCAUUUGGAGAUAUUGUCAGGUCCUUGAAGAAGUCUGCUGCCCUCUGGAUGGAUGCUUACUAUGAAUGA